UACUGGAAAAAGUCUAAUCGCGAAGGGGGGGGAGUGGAAAAAAAAAAUAGCUGAAGUGAAGAUGGCGAGAGGCUCCCGGUGUUUGCGGAGAGCGGUAGCGGAGUGUAUUAAACAGUUACCGUUCACAGCUACUCGAGAAACACCGGGCAGGAAUGGAGUGAGAUAUCUGUCAUCGUGUGGGAUUCUGAUGACUAGGGUGCCUCCUCUCCUGCGCACCGUGUCUGGCCGUCCUGUGCUCAAUCCAGCCAGAAGCUUUUUCAACUUCACCGAUUCAUUUAACAAAAGGAAAGAAUACUCUGAGAGACGCAUCAUUGGGUAUUCAAUGCAAGAGAUGUAUGAAGUAGUGUCCAAGGUUGAAGACUAUCUUCACUUUGUGCCCUGGUGCAAGCGCUCAGAUGUAGUUUUCAGGCGUUCUGGUUUCUGUAAGGCCAAGCUAACUGUGGGCUUUCCUCCUGUGGUGGAGAAUUAUACGUCCCUUGUUACAACAGUGCGUCCCCAUUUGGUGAAGGCUUCAUGUUCAGACGGUAAACUGUUUAAUAACCUGGAGACGGUGUGGCGCUUCAGUCCUGGCCUACCUGGCUACCCCCGUACAUGCACCCUUGACUUUGCUAUUUCCUUCGAGUUCCGCUCCCUGUUACAUUCUCAGUUGGCCACCAUGUUCUUUGACGAAGUAGUUAAGCAGAUGGUGUCAGCGUUUGAACGACGGGCCUGCAAACUCUAUGGUCCAGAGACACAGAUCCCACGCGAGCUAAUGUUCCACGAGAUACACCACACGUAGCGUCUCUCCAAGCAAAGAGGCUUCGAGGGUGGGAGGGGCAUUAAGGAAAUUUUGGUUAAGAGAAUUUUUGGAGAGAGGGAGCUAACACACACAACUUCAUGUGCCUCAGUAUCUUCAGUGCCUGGUCCAAACAAAACCAUUUGAUUUUACAUUUUUAUCCUAAGUUAUUUUUGAGGCUGGAUCUAAUUACGAGCCUAAAGUUGUGGGGCGAGAUAAGCGUACAGCUGCAUCACUCCAUCUCUAACAAUAUUUAAUAUCUAAGAGCUGCAUUUUGAGCCGUACUGUUUAAUGGCAACUGGAGUAUGUGGAAGGUCUGUCAAGUGAACAGAUAUUGGUUUUGUGAAUGGGGCGAAAGGAGAUGGAGACGGUUAUAUGGCAUGUGUGAGAUUGGGAAUUUUUUUAAGAUUGAACCAGGCUUGUUUUUUUUCCACAAGUUACUUUUUGAGUCUUCUUGUAAGCUUUUUUGCCAUGUGUUUUUUUUUGUUGUUGUUGUUUUUAAAAAUAUAUAUUUUUAAAUAAACACACACAAACUAGUUCAGAACAGCUGGACGCACCCAUAAUCAACACCAAUAUUUUUUUCAAACAUUUUUUUUUUGUUCACAAACUCACAAGGAGACUUUUUAAAGGGGACACUGCAUGCUUGCUUGUACUGUUGCAGUGGCUGAAUGUGUGCAUGCAUUUAGUCAGUGCAGCAUGUAAUACUGACAGGCAGCAAUCCUUCCACACCAGCAUCAGUAAGGCUUUCCAUGACACAAGUUCUAUGAGAAAAACAAAAAACACUACACUCGCAAGGCGAUAACUUUUUCCACCAUGCUGAGUGAUGAAAUGGUUGCCAAGUCUGGAGGAGUGAUGUGAAGUUGGCACAUGUUUAUAGUUUUAAUGAUAAACGUCCAUUAAUGGGAGCACAGUAUGUAACAUCUUAUGGUGUGUCUCAAGUGUCCAAAUCAACGGACAAAUGUUUUAUUGUAAAAGUGUUCUAUAUAGCUAUAUAUAUAUAUGUAUGUAAAGUUAGAUUUUUAACAGAUAGAUUCUUGCAACUUUACUAAAGGGGCCCAAACUCAGGGGGCUGAUGGAAAACUACACUUCAUGGCUCUCGUGAGAUCUCUGCAACCUUCAACCUUUAAAGAUUUCGAUCGACCUGCAUGCCCUUACUGCUUUUGAACCUAGCACAUUAGAUAUUUAUCAUUGUCUUUAAACAUUUAUUCAUAGACAUCAUAUAUGAUAUAUUUAUUUUGGUUAUGGGAAAACCCACAUGUAUAUAACUAAUGUAAGACCACAGACUAGAAUACAGUGUAUAAUAGGUUUUUGUUUCUUGUAGUAAGGCUUUCUUUUAGUACAUUUGAUUUGGGUGUUUAAUGAGUGUUGUGGUGAGUGCCUGCAUGGUUUAUAAAGUAUUUUUUAUAUUUAAAAAUCAGGCUUUUUGUGUGGUCUCUAUGCAGUAUCUUGUUUGCCAGCAUCCAGUUCAGACUAGUUUUACCUUCAAAAUAGAUGUCAUGUGCAAGAUAAUAUUAGACACCUCUAGCUCUGUGCUUCACAACAGCUGGUGGAUGGAUAACGGACUCUAACUUUAAGUUGCGUAUUAAGAGUGAAAAUAAACAAGUCUGGAGAAUAUGACAUUAUGACAAUGUACAUAAAAUGUUUCUCCAGUUACUUGUUACUCCAGUGUUCAAAAUGGCUAGAAAUGGCUGUUUUGUUGUAAUAAAUCAAAUUGUCCAUUUUUUUUCUUCUUAUAAACAAAUAAAUUGAGUAAUGGGUC